AUGAAUGCUACAAAGAGCACUAGCGAGGCGUUGCGAGAGCUGGAGGAGGAUAUCACUGAACUCCAUAGGGAUCUGAAAGAGGAGUUCAUUUCUCUGGAGAGAUGUGUGCUGGUUAUCAGGGAGGUGGGGACUGUCAGAACAAGCCAAACUGACGGAGAAGUUCAUUUCUCUGGAGAGAUGUGUGCUGGCUAUCGGGGAGAGUCUGUGAAGCGAGAGGUCCUUAAAUCAGAAUGGAAGUGGAUCCGCAGCUCAGCAGUUGACAUUUUGACUCUGGACCUCGAUACAGCACACCCCCGGCUCACCCUGCCUGUGGAUGAGAAACAAGUGAGAGGGAAAAGGCAGGAUUAUAACAAUCCCCAGAGAUUUGAUUACAGGCGCUGUGUGCUGGGCAAGGAGGACUUCACCUCAGGGAGACACUACUGGGAGCUGGGGGUGGGAGAGAAUACAUUCUGGAGAUUAGGAGUCAGCAGAGAGUCUGCCCCGAGGAAGGAGGAGUUCAGCAUGACCCCCCAGCAGGGUUACUGGACUGUGGGGUGGGAUGGAGAUGAAGAUAAAGAUGAGUUCAUUGCUCUCACUGACCCCCAGACCCCCCUCCCCCUGAGCCUGAAGCCCCAGAAGCUGGGGGUGUAUCUGGAUUAUGAGGAAGGAUGGCUCUCCUUUUACGAUGUGGAGACCAGAUCUCACAUCUACACUUUCACUGACAUGGAGUUCAAUCCCAAUGAGAAACUCUAUCCAUUCUUCUGGACGAUAGAAUACAAUGACCUUGUGCUGGUGUCCCCGGGGAAGAUGAAUGACAGCUCUUUCUUUCUUCUAGUCUGGAAAUGGAUUCUUGCUGCAUCAGGUACUGAUUCACUUUACUACUUGUUUGCUAGAGGCUGAUGUGCUUGUUGAUUUAUUAUUUAUUUCUAUAACUCCUAUCUGGUUUGAAGUGUUACAGAACACCCUUUAGUGUUUUCAACAAACGCACAGCUAGCCAUUGCUUUUCAUAAUAAUAACAACAUGGGUCAUGCAGGUUUUAUUAUUUUAUAGUAUUGAACAGUUCAUGUCAUAAUAAAAAGUCUGCAGUUGUUACAAUAACAGCAGUGUAUAAGUUUAAAUUAUUACAGAACACGCUUUAGUGUUUAUAACAAACACACUCUUACUAUUGCUGUCUCCUGUGCUAAACGCAUUGCUGAGAUAUCUUCACAACAUUAUAUCAAUUGAUAGUUUGAUAUUUUUAUUCGCAUAAAUUAACUGAGAAUUGAAGGCGAUGGCAAAACAC